CCCCGAAGCCAUCAGGAGCUAUAAUAUCACCUUGAGGAGUUUUAGCAACUACACGGACGUGCAUAACUUCAACCCCUGCGGCUAUGCAUUUGUUGCCCAGGAAGGAUUCUUCAACUUCUCUCCCUCUCGAGAUCUUCUUGAUCUCGAGAAAAAACGAUUUCCCCUGGUUCUAGAUUGGGCUGUUGCCAAGCAGACAUGUGACGAUGCCUGCAAGCAAAACAGUAGAUGCAGAAACUCAGAAAGCGGCAUGGGGUACUACUGCGUUUGUAAAGAAGGUUUCAGAGGCAACCCCUACCUCUCUGACCUCGAUGCAGGCUGCAAAGAUAUUAACGAGUGCGAUGACGGGAAGCAUCGCUGCAGUAGGAGAUGCCACAAUGUGGAAGGAAAUUAUACGUGUUCUUGUCCGCCGGGUUACAGAGGCGACGGCUAUAUCGACGGAUCCGGCUGCAAAUUCCCUUUCAUGGAAAUCUCAUUGGGCAUUUCUGUUGCCUUCCUUUUUGUCUUCACAUUUGUCUCCACAUUAUGCUGGGGACACAAGCAAAGAUCACUAAAGCAACUUAGAAGGAAGUAUUUUGAGCAAAAUGGAGGAAAUUAUAUGCUGCAGCAAAUUUAUCAACAACAAGGACAUACUGAUAGAUCCAAGAUUUUUUCUGAAGAUGAGCUUAGAACUGCUACAAACAACUUUGAUGAAAGUAGAAUUCUUGGCCGUGGAGGACAAGGCACAGUUUAUAAGGGUAUAUUACCAGAUAACACGCUUGUUGCCAUCAAAAAGUCCAGAAUAGGUGGGGAUCCUAGACAGAUUAAGGAUUUUAUCAAUGAAGUGGCUGUACUUUCCCAAAUUAACCAUAGGAAUGUGGUCAAACUUUUUGGGUGUUGUCUUGAAACGGAAGUUCCUUUGUUAGUUUAUGAGUAUGUGGACAAUGGCACCCUUCUUGAACAUAUAGACCCACUAAAGAGUGAGCACCCUCUUUCAUGGGAGAUUAGAUUAAGGGUUGCUGUAGAAACAGCCGAAGCCAUCUCAUAUUUACACUCUGCUGCUUCUAUUCCAAUUAUUCAUCGCGAUAUUAAAUCUGCCAACAUUCUAUUAGAUCACAAUCAUAGGGCAAAAGUUUCUGAUUUUGGAGCCUCAAGACUUGUUCCUCUUGAUGAAACUCAAGUUACCACCGUAGUCCAAGGGACGUUAGGAUAUUUGGAUCCAGAAUACCUCCUUACGGGUCAAUUGAAUGAGAAAAGUGAUGUUUAUAGUUUUGGGGUUGUGCUUGUGGAGCUAGUUACUGGAAAUAAAGCAGUUGACUUCAACAAACCAGAGCAAAGAAAUUUGGCUAUGCACUUUGCAUCUUCACUGAAAGAAGACAACUUGUGGGAGAUUCUUGACAAGCGAGUGUUAGAUCAGAAGAAUGAAGAGCAGCUAAAAGAAGUUGCUUUCUUGGCAAGGAAAUGCAUCAGGGUUAAUGGAGAGGAAAGGCCGACUAUGAAAGAAGUAGCAACGGAACUAGAGGGUCUAAUUUCUAUGAAAAAACAUCCUUGGGGAAAGCGAGAGGAUGUGAUGUCUGAGGAAUGUGAAUACUUGCUUGGUCAUGUAACUGAUGGGUACGGAAAUGCUAGUGCUAGCACUUCAGCUGUCUAUGAUAGCAUACAGAGAGAAAUAGCAUUUGAGAUUGAAGAUGGGCGAUGA